CUAAGUAAAACAGAGGGCUCCAUUUGAAUUAGAUAUCCAUGGGACACGUUAGGUAAAAAAAAAGAUAUCCCCGACCCCAUCAAGAUCAUCUCAACAUUCAUCUCUUAUCUUUCCACAUUGAUCUCCAUUCUGCAAUUCGUUCUUCAUUUUCUUCACAAAUCAGCGUUUAUAGCCAUGGCCGACGUUGAUUACACCGCCAAGCUCUUAAACCUCUACCGGAUUUCUCCUCCGGCAGGUUCAGUUCCGACCACCCUUCUCCCCAUUAGUUUCCUCGACUUCAUCUGGAUGAUUUGCAGACCCAUGCGCCGCCUUUUCUUCUUCCAAUUCCCUCACUCUACCAAUCACUUCAUGGACUCUGUUUUCCCCACUCUCAAAAGCUCCCUCUCUCUUUCUCUCCAACACUUCUUCCCUCUCGCCGGAAAUCUCAUCCUCCCUCCUCAACCCCAAAAGCCCCACAUCCUUUACACACCUCACGACUCUGUUCCUCUUACCGUAACAGAGUCAACCGGCGGCGAUUUCAACACUCUAAUCGCCGACUACCCUCGCGACGCCAAACACUUUUACCCCUUUGUUCCAGACAUGCCGGAGUCACGUCUCUUGCCGGACGGAUCACGUGCGAUACCAAAUUUCGCAAUCCAAAUCACAAUUUUCCCGAAUCAAGGUCUGUGUAUUUGUAUAGCGUUUCAUCACGUGGUUGCCGAUGGAAUAGCCAUUCACCAUUUUAUUAAGUCAUGGGCAUCCAUCUCUAGAAAUGGAGGCACCUCCGAUUCAUUUGAAGGGCCAUUGCCCUGCCACAACAGGGCAGCAAUCAAGGACGUAAAAGGGUUAGAGUCCAUUUUUUUACAGGAGUUGUCAAGUUGGGAUUCGUUAUGGAACCCAGUUCCUUAUAAGCCAAUAAUCGAUCAGGCGCCUGUUGACAGGGUCAGAACGACGCUCGUCCUGACCAGACCCAUGAUCGAGAAAUUGAAAACAUGGGUCUCAGCUGAAUCAAACAAUGACGAAGAGUUGAAGCCAUUACGAUUGUCAUCGUUCAUCGUCACAUGCUCUCUCGUUUGGGGCUGUCUGAUCAAAUCAACCCAAAGCGAAGUGAGUGAUUCUGAAGACGAGGACGAGCUCUGCCACUUUGGGUUCUUAGCAGAUUGCCGGAAUCGCCUGAAGGAUCCAUUACCUCCGACUUAUUUCGGGAACUGCCUUGACGUGGGCGUUGUAGAAUUGAAGAAGAGUGAGCUUGUGAAGCGUAACAGUACCGUUAUGGCGGCGAAGGCGAUCGGGAACAGAGUGGAGGAAUUUGAGAAUGAGCCAUUGAAAGUAGCAGAGAAGUGGUUCUCAUUGUGGAAGGCAUAUUCGAAGGAUAAACACUUCGUGACCAUUGCAGGGUCGCCUAAAUUAAGGGCAUAUGACACUGAUUUUGGGUGGGGAAGGGCGAUGAAGAGUGAAGUGCUUCAUGUGGACAGUUCCGAAUCAAUUUCUCUGCAGGAUUCCAGAGAUGAAGAAGGUGGGAUUGAAAUUGGUUUGGGGCUUCACAACACUCGAAUGGAUCGAUUCAUGGCCAUAUGGGAACAGAAUUUGAAAGACUUGUGUUCUUAAAUCUCUCAUGUUUCUAAUUCAAACAGAGUCGUUGACAAUGGCAAACUUGAAAUUUGGUGUGGAAUAAAAACAAUAGAAAAUAUUGUUAACGUUGAAAUUUUCUUCCAUUGUAUUUUAUUUAAAUUUGAUGUUGAAUAAAAACAACCAAAUUUUAUGUAUCAAA